CACUACUACAACUACACUUUCAAAUGACGCGCCCGCAGUUUGUUCCGCCGCACUCGCCGCAAAGAGUUCAAGUUGGGUGUCGCACUGGAACUCCUGGACACUAGUACCAGGUACUUUUACUAUCCCUUAUUUAAUGCAUCUUUCAAUGAUGGCUCCAACAUCUCCUUGACGAGCUCUCGAAGUCUUCCGUGCGUUCUUCUAAAUGCUGGGAGUUCGAUGUGUUCCGGCAAGGGCACCUAGGUACCUAAAUUCCGGAGACCAAGAGGUUAUUCAGGCACAGUCUCGAAAUCACGCUUGAGUAUCAUCAGCCGAAGUUUCGAUAUGGGUGUGUUUUACCAGAUCUUCUACAGGAUUGCGUUCCUGGCUACGGCCCUCAUCCAUCUGUGGUGGAAUCAUAUCAUUCAGGCCGUCAUCGCUGUAGCUCUCGCCUGCUUGUCGAGCCCUGGACAACCGUUUGCGACUACGAUCCUGAAACUCCACUCUUUGGUCUUGAUAUGUUUUGUGCUGGGAUUCUGCUUCAAAUCGGUCUCGGCUCGUUCAAGUUAGCAGGUGGUAUGUGAUUACCUUCCCAUUACGAUGGCCAGCUCCUUAUCAGAGAGGCUUUUCCUGAGAGACAAAGCCAUCGCCGAAAGUUGCAUGGCUUCAAAUCCAGCAUCUGAUAUAUUCACAUAACAUGUUGAAUCUGCGGUCAAACCAGGCCUGGAUUCGGCCAUGGCUCACUCCCUCCAUAUACUCCAAAUUGGCCACUACAGUUGCAACUUCUUGUUGCACAUCAACCUCCCGACCCUGACGCCACGUCGACCGUGUAUAGCAGAUCCAACGGGAGGGAUUGCCCACUCAAGUAACUGGAAAAGAAUGUCUCCCAUCCACCUAGGUGCCAUCAAAGCCCUGUUUUCGUUGGUGUCGUAGAUUCAGGUACGGCGACACUCUGAUUGGUUUGCAGCUUUGAUUAUCUAAGCCGGCUCUGAUAUCCAUGCGCUAAACCGGUUCAGUAGAAAAUGAUGCAUGUUUUCGUCUGCUCCAUGAUGACGUAGAAAAUGUUCGCUUUCAGUUCGGAGUUUGCCAUGCCACUGUGCAAUACGGCGUCGCUUGCAGAAGGUUCGAGCAUCACCGCUGAAUUAACAGUCAGUGGCGGUGGGCAGUGGAUAGCAAGACUCGCAGACUGAUUGGGCGCCAGGCUACACUGUAACAUGGAGACAUCCACGAUCAGACUACAUUGUACAAUUGGUACACGACCUGGCAAUGACGUCGUCACCGCACUCUGUGCUUGUAGCUCACUUCAAAUACCACAGCGUAGGGCGAUACAGCACUUCCAAUUGUACUUUUUCAUUCAGCCAUAGAACCAAUAUCCGACUUUGAAACCAAGAAUACCAUCAACUCAACAGAAACACCGCAACAUCCUACUCUUUAAUCCCGACACAUCUAUCACACAAAAACAAGCCAAAAUGUCCGAGCAGACUUUCCACACGACUAGCGAAGACCUCCGCAAGCAAGAGGCCAGAGAAUCCAAGUUCCACGACGGCAAGACGCCCAAGGACUCUGAUACCUCUGCGAUGAAGCAACUUCUCUCCGAACAAGGAGACAAGGCGGAAGAGAUCGACCGAGUAAAGGCCAACCUGCCUCUACCGGAGCAACCUGUUGGCGGAGCCAGCGCAGACCUGCAAUCAGCAGACCAGAGAACCGUCAACGUCGGCAGCGGUGGUGUCAAUGUCAAGUUGGGCACAGGCUCCGCCUCUGGCCUGAGAGAUCCGGCAACGGCAGAGAGCAGUGCUAGAGUGGACGGCGAGGAGCUGAAGAAGCCUACGGCACCAUGAAGCAGUCGACUAGCUACCCACCAACCUGGCGUAAUGUUUGAAAAGGAAUGGUUGUGAUGCACAAUACAAUACCCUAUCGGCUGCCUGCCUGUGGCGGGCCUUUUUGAGCAUGAAAAAGACUCGAAAUGCAUUUUUGCAUAUCUAUGAUAUGGGAUGAAAUACUGGGAUCGAGAGAUACGGUUUUUACUCAUGCAGUUAUGAAAAUGCACUAUUAUGAAAGGGUGACUUGGUUUGGUUUCAUUCGAUUCGAUUCGUGCCAUUGCCAUUCUUGUUCUUCAUCGUUGGCUUCAUGUCUGCUUUCGAGCUUGCUUCUUUCCUCGGCGUGAUUCUUCCUGAAGAUCCUCUGCCAUAGAUUGUAGAGGUGAACUGCCCGAUGGUGGAGAUCCGCCCCAGACGCCGCUCUCCUCUGUCCGCCACGCUACCGCAGUACAACUGUACGACCAGCGCAAAGCUUAGUGGUCACGGUGUACAGCACACACUGUAGCAGCACUUGAGCGGAAACCGACCAGGAGUCCCCGUCCGCGCAGAAUGUAAAGCAUGUUUCGU